UUACAUGUAUAAUUUUAAUAAGUUUUUAGCACAUACAUAUAUCUCUGUAUCAAAUUAAACAUUUUUGAUAAUUUAUUUAUUUUAUUUUGUAAAGGAUAUUUUAUGAAAUGUAAAUAUUCUCCUAUUUACUUGUUCUUCAUUGUACUAAAUCAAAUGAGAAAAAAAUAAAUAAAUCUGGAGAUGUCGAAUGCUUAUUGUGUUGUUGUGUACCCCAACCCGAACUAAAAUGAGUUUGACAGCCCCGCUCUAGAUACCAGCAGCAGCCAGCACCAUCUUGGUGUCCAGUGGUGGGGUGAAGGCAGCAGUGUCUGUUCGAUACCUGUGGAGGGCAGCGACACGCCUGAGAGCCGCCGAGCCUCCGUCAAAUUUAGGCAGAGGAAGAGGCGUCGACGCGGAGCAAAGUGGCGAAGAAGAAUUUAACGGUUCCCGGUUGUUGCGCCGCUGCUGUCUCCACGGUGCCCACCCGCGGCUCACAAAUAGUUCAGGACUGGUGAGCAGCAGCCGUCAGUCGGCUAGCUGCUUCAUUUACUUCACCGAGCUAACCCGACAUGAUGUUUUCUCAUCGGUUAGCUAAGUGUUGACAACCUACCACAUUAAGGACCACUACAGCCAAAGCAUACCCAGAGUCAUGGAGGAGGGCUCUGAGCUGGUGGAGGAUAUUGUAUUUCGAGGAGUGGAGUUUUCUGUGAAGAUAGAGUUGGACAAGGGUUUGCUGAUAGUUGAAAUCUCAGACUCGAUGACAGCAGACCAGUGGAGGGGGGAGUUUGAUCCAGCAUACAUUGAAGACCUCACACGCAAAACUGGCAACUUCAAGCAGUUUCCUAUUUUCUGUAGCAUGUUGGAAUCAGCUGUUAGAAAGAUGAGUGAUUCUGUUACACUUGACCUCUUGACCUACGCUGACUUGGAGCUGCUGCGUAACAGAAAAGCUGGUGUGGUCAGUCGUCCCCGCAGCCAUCAGCAGUCAUCUGCUCUCACUGCCAAAAGAUACCUGAUCCUCAUUUACACUGUGGAGUUUGACAGGAUACACUACCCUUUACCGCUGCCCUAUGUGGGAAAACCAGACCCAGCUGCUCUUCAGAAGGAAAUCAGAGCCCUAAGAGCUGAACUUAGCACUCUCACCUCUCACGGAGUUAACAAAUCUACUGAUUUAGAAGUACAGCGACUACGAGCAGAGCUGGCUCUGGUGAAAGAAGAGAAGGAGUCCAUGUCUAAGGUUGUAGAGCAACUGCAGAUGAGUGGAAGCAGUUCCACACCUGGACGAGAGGACUGGAGGUUAAAAGAUGUGGUCAGGACGCUGGAGGAGCAGCUGGUUAAGGAAAGAGCCAAAAGUCAACGAUCUACGAGCAAGCGAUGCCAGGAGCAGCGACUCCUCAUGGAGCAGCUGGAGGACCUGAAAGCGUCAGAGUGUGCACUUCGUGUUCGUGUCAAGAGUCUCACUAAUGAACUCGCGUUACUACGGAGAGGGUUAGACAAUCUAAGCGUUAGAAUGACUCCGGUGUCUGGCCACGUCAGUUCUCGAGUUGAUGGAGAAGUUUACCGCUCUCUGUCCCGUGAGAGAAGGUCGGGAUAUGGGAUGGUCAGAGCUCGUUCUGGAUCCAGAGAACGGACGGAGGACAGACUGUCGGUAGAAAGAGGGAGAAGAGCAGACUCCUCAGGACCACGCGCUCGUAUACCCCGGCCGUCCCCUUCUCCCACUGGAUCACGGGUACCUCGCUUUGACCCAACAGCUUACAUCCAGGACAGGCAACGCAGACUAAAAGAAGCAGAAUUCAAAAAAUUGAGGAAGGUGCGAAGGGACAUGCUGACAUCGCCCACUGUCCCCGAGAGAGGCCGUUCACGCUCCAGAGACGCCUACCCUCAGGGGGCCCGGUCCGGUAGCAGAGGCAGGAGUUUGUCUGUGGAACGGAGAGGGAGCAGGAACUCUUCUGAAAGCUCAUUAGUGGACAUGGAUGAAAUGGCCAAAACUCUGAUUAGAGGAAGAAAGCAGAUCUACAAUGGACCCAAUGUGUCCAGAGGAGGCCUUUUGACAAGGAAGCCAUUAUGCAGUACACCAACACAGAGAAUCAAAGACAAAGAAAGCUCCAUGGAUACAGGCGCUGAGCUGUCGGAGAUCGAUGCGAGGCUGCAGGCCCUUCAGGAGUACAUGAGGGACUUGGAUACAGGACACUAACCUUCUGUCCGAGCCCAGUUCCUGGAUAUGUUACCUGAUUAAUGCACAGAAGCUCAGGAGAUCGCAUUUUCUUCACUGUGAACAAACUGAGGAACACAUCUCCAGUCAAACAUGGGUACUGCGUUGAAAUGAGAGAUGAGAACUCUGUGGAGGCUCCAACCUCAGGAAUCUACAUCACUGUGAAGGUUAAUGGACUACUUUUUGUGGACUUGAAUUCAUAUUUUUUUUUAAUAUCCCAUGUUUUUAUUGAUUAACUUAUGAUGUAAUUUUGUCUGUGUGUUGUAUUUCUAUCCUUUAUUUUUUAACUUGACCAAACUGGUGCAUACAUGUAUGUACAGUCUGGCGGUAUGCCAGGAAAUGUUUUAUUUUCUUUCCUUUUCUAAAAUAUAAAAUGAACAGUGGGGGUCGUUUCAUGGGAUUUUCACUAAUGUUUGCAUCUGGUAGCAUUUUCUAGGGUUGCAAUUAAUGAUUAUUUUCAUAAUCAAUUUUUGAUUCCUCACUUGAUGGUUUGGUGUAAACAUAAUUGUGACAAUCAAUCCUCACAUAGACUGUUUGCUAAGCUCAGUGCUUCUCCUGGACCCUAAAGGCAAUAACCAAGGAGAUGAAAUGACCGAUUGCUUGCAUGUGUCCAUGAAUUGGCUGUUUAAUGCCAUAUCUAUUUUCCAUCGCUGUAUCUUCUCUUUCCUGCUUCACUUUGAAUUCAACAUUACAUCUUACAACCAUUGUAGCUACAAACCUUUUACUAGUUGAUCCAUAUUGUGCAUAACAAAAGAACAUUUUCUACUCAUGUAACAGCAUAACAUCACCACAUCCCAAACUCACAAAUAAGAUUUAAGCAAAAACAACUGUCACUUCAUCCAAAAUGACAUGCAUUCAUUGUGAUCCUGCAUGCGACUGUGUUGACACUGAUGUCUUUUUCAUGAAGGUCAAACUGCCAAAUUUUUUUAUGACGCUUGUGUGUGCACAGACUGUUACUACUUUCCUGUCUAAUGCCAUUUAUACCUCCUGAAAAUAUAAUUUAUAAGCAGCUUA